AUGAAACAAAGACUACGGGCGAAAGUUUGGUGGCCAAAGCUGGAUACAGAUGUUGAACGUUAUGUUAGAAACUGUAGAGGCUGCAUGCUGGUUGCUGCUCCCUCUGCUCCAGAACCUAUGACGCGCAGGGAAUUACCAUCGGGCCCAUGGGAGCACGUAGCUAUCGACUAUCUUGGGCCUCUACCGUCAGGUCAUUAUCUCUUUGUCGUAGUCGACUAUUUCAGUCGAUACAUUGAGAUAGAAGUAAUGACCAAAACAGAUUCCAGUGAAACUAUCAAACGAUUAGAUUCUAUAUUUGCGCGUUUUGGUCUGCCUUUGUCAAUCACCGCAGAUAACGGCCCACAAUUUGCUAGCACAGAGUUUAAAGAAUUUUGCGAUACGAACAACAUUAAGUUGAUUAACACGACACCUUACUGGCCGCAACAAAAUGGCGAGGUUGAGCGGCAGAAUAGAUCUAUUCUCAAACGAUUGAUCAUUAGUCAAACGUCGAAUGGUGAUUGGAUGAAUGAACUGAACAAAUACUUAAUGAUGUAUCGUUCGUCUCCACAUUCUACUACUAAGAAGACUCCAUCUGAAAUGCUGAUGGGUUACAAUAUACGUGAUCGACUCCCAACCAUUUUUCAACCCAAGGAUGUUGACGAAGAAACGUCCGAUAGGGACAAAAGCAUGAAAGAUAAGGGUAAGUUAUACGCAGAUAAACGUCGAAAUGCCAAACCUAUCUGUAUCGCUGAGGGCGAUAGUGUACUAAUGAAAAAAAUGACAAAGACAAAUAAGCUAGCACCAAAUUUCGAUCCUCAACCUUUUAAAGUAUUAAAAAGGAAAGGUGGAGAUGUCAUAAUAGCAUCAGAGGCAGGUGUGAAAUACCGGAGACAUGUGUCGCAUUUGCAGAAAAUUCCGAACGAUAACGAUACCGACUCACUAAACCCGGAAGCCGAGGCAGAACCACCAAAGCCUGGUAGGUCAGAUGAUCUUGGAAGCAGUUUACCACCCAGAAAUGAGAACAGCCGCAACACGCCACAUGAAUCAGGAACCAAGCGAACCGUAAAGCAGCCAGCUUACAUGAAGGACUACGUACAAGCUAUUCGAUUUGAAUUUUGA